AUUUUUCUCCGCGUCUUCUUCUUGCUCCGUAACAGGCCAUCGGAGAAGUUAAGAGGCAAAAAUGGAUGUCGACAGAGAAGAUGUUUCUAGAAGACUUCACGUUAAGUUCGUGACGAAGCUUGACUCUCCAUUCAAAGUUCCGGUCAAUUCCGUCGCCAUCCCUUCCAAUGUCACUCGUCUCGGUCUUUCUUCCAUCGUCAAUUCUAUUAUCGAAUCCGAUAAUCCUGAGUGGAAAACUGAGCCAUUUGAUUUCCUGAUUGAUGGGGAGCUUAUCCGGAUGUCACUCGAAGAGUUUCUUCUUGCAAAGGGAAUAUCGGCGGAGCGUACUCUUGAAAUCGAAUACAUAAGGGCUGUGACACCACGGAAGGAAGAAGAACCCUCCUUGCAUGAUGAUUGGGUCAGUGCGGUGAAUGGUUCAUCUCCCAGAUUCAUUUUGACUGGCUGCUAUGACAGUUUAGGAAGGGUAUGGCGUUUGGCUGGAUCAUGUUCACACAUAUUAGAAGGCCACUCCGGGGCUAUCUCCUCUGUUGCUUUAGUUAAUUCCAACGAUGCAGAAACUGUUACUGUAGCUACUGCCUCUAAAGAUCGGACAUUGAGAUUGUUUAAGUUUGAUCCAGCUGAAUCUGUUGACUCUACUACAAAAGUUAGAGCGUACAAGAUAUUGCGUGGACACAAGGCGUCAGUGCAAAGUGUUUCAGCUCAGAAAUCCGGGAACAUGAUUUGCUCGAGUUCAUGGGAUUGCACGAUCAAUUUAUGGAACACAAAUGAGUCUACUUUAGAAGGGGAGUCAGUAUCAGUGAAGAAAAGAAAAGGGAAUAAUCAGGCCGAGGAAUCUCAGUCAGAGGGAGAGGCGGUGACUUCUUUGGUUGGACACACACAGUGUGUCUCAUCAGUUGUUUGGCCAGAGCAUGAUGUAAUUUAUUCCUCUUCAUGGGACCAUUCCGUAAGGAGAUGGGAUGUUGAGACAGGGAAAGAUUCUUUGAACUUGUUCUGUGGAAAAGCUCUCAACACAGUAGAUGUUGGUGGUGAAGGUUCUGCCCUUAUAGCUGCUGGUGGCUCAGAUCCAAUCCUUAGAGUAUGGGAUCCUCGUAAGCCAGGAACAUCCGCUCCGGUGUUUCAGUUUUCUUCACACUCAUCAUGGAUUUCCGCCUGUAAAUGGCACAAAAGCUCUUGGUUUCACUUGCUCUCCGCUUCCUAUGACGGCAAAAUCAUGCUCUGGGAUCUCAGAACCGCUUGGCCUUUGUCAGUAAUCGAUACACACAAUGACAAGGUUUUAUCUGCCGACUGGUGGAAAGGAGAGAGUGUAGUCAGUGGAGGAGCAGACUCUAACUUGCGAAUUUCUUCGGGAAUUGCAAUUUCUUAAAAGAUGAAAUGUGGGUGGAACUCAGAAACACCAACGAUUCACGAUCCUGGAAUGAGACUGUUGUAAGUUCUGCUGAAGAAAGCUUAUUGUCUCUAAGGUUGUAUACUCUUCAUAUUCCGAAAUGUUUAAUCUUAAUUAUAUUUUUGGUGGGAAGCAAUUUUGUUUUUAUUGUUUAAUAACGCCUAUUUUUUUUA